AUGUCUACAAGAAAGAGGAAGAACGAGGAGGAGGAGCUUGUUGCCCUCCCGAGUGACGAGAGUGAAGAGGAAGAAGAAUACGCCGAAUCCGAAGGCUCAAACUUCAACUCUGACGACUCUGACGCCGAAGAGCCUCCACCCAAGAAGAAGACCAAGCGCACUAAGCCCAAAGACGAUGAGGACGACGAAGACGAGGAGGAAGAAGACGACGUAAGCGACGACGAGGACGACGACGCUGCGGUGCCUGAGGAAGAAGAUGAUGAUGACGAUGAGGACGCCAAUCCUAAAGGCAAGAAGCCAGCCGGCGCGGAGAAAGAUCGGAAAGUCAAGACUACAGGCAAAGCUGAUCCCGUACCUGUGGUCGACGAUGAUGACGAUGACGAGUAG